AUGUCAAGUAGAGGAUUAUUCUAUACUUGGACUUAUUGUCGUACAGAGGAUCCCAUCCUCAAUAAACUGGAUCGAGCAAUUAUCAACGACCAGUGGUUAUCUUCAUUUCCGGAUUCAUUGGCUCGUUUUGAUCCACCGGGAGAUUCCGAUCACUCCCCUUGUUUGGUGUCCCUUGAUGGUGUGGAGAAUGGAUCCAAAAGAAGCUUCAAAUAUUUUACGCACCCUCGUUUCAGGCAGGAAAUCUCGGAAGCUUGCAAUGCUUCGACUCUUGUGGGUUCAGCGAUGUUUACUCUGAGUUCAAGGAUGAGUGCUGCUAAACUCUGUUGUCGCCGUUUAAACAAAGAGGGUUUUGGUGAUAUCAGUAGAGAGCUACGGAAGCCUUGGCAAACUUGGAAUCGAUUCAAAGGGUUCUCCUCUCCCAACCAUCCGAUCUAUUAUUCUGGCAGGAACAUGUGGGCAGAAACAAAUGGAUCUUCUUCUCUAAUGCUGAGCGGGUCUUCUUCAAGUCCAAAUCAAGGAUUAGAUGGUACGAAGAUGGAGAUGCUAAUACGGCCUUCUUUCAUAGAGUGGUCAAGUCCAAUCUCAGCCGCAAAUCAAUUCGUCAUAUCAGGGAUCAGAAUGAUUUCUGGGGUUUUGCCUUUGUCUGUGAGCAAAAUUAGGGAGCUCCUUCCCUUCAGAUACCCUCCUGAUAUCUCCACUGCUUUGGUCAGCAUUCCGACGGACGUGGAGAUAACUAACGUUGUGUUUCACCUGCCUAAAAAUAAAGCUCCCGGUCCUGACGGCCUCUCAAUGGAGUUUUUCCUCGACUCUUGGGAUUUGGUGGGAGCAGACCUGAUUAAACCGGUGAAGGAAUUCUUUAAUUCUGGAUCCCUCCUAAGGAAUUUUAAUGCUACUGCUAUUAUUCUCAUCCCCAAGAUUCAAGUGGCGGAUCAGUUAUCUCAGUUCAGGCCCAUCUCUUGUUGCUCAACGGUUUAUAAGGUCAUUAACAGGUUCCUUACUAACCGUCUCAAGCUUUUUGUGUCUUUGGCGGUUCAGAGGAAUCAGAUAGGGUUAUUUAAAGGUCGUUAUCUAUGCGAGAACGUCCUGUUGGCUUUCGAGCUUGUGACAUACUUUCAUAAAGUGGGAACUACCUCAAGAGGCUAUCUGCAAAUAAACAUCUCAAAGGCUUAUGAUAAUCUGAACUGGGAGUUCCUCUUCAAUGUCUUAACUGCUCUAGAUCUCCCUAACAUUUUCGUGAACUGGAUUAAAGAGUGUGUUACCACAGCUUCUUAUAGCAUUGCUGUCAACGGAGAGUUGGUCGGCUAUUUCCCAGGCAAGAAGGGGCUUAGGCAGGGAGAUUCAAUGUCUUCUCAGAUGUUUGUUCUUGCUAUGGAUGUAUUAUUAGAUUUAGGGGCUAUUAAGCAAUCAUUCAUGCCCCAUCCUCAGUGUUUUGCUCUGUUGAUUACGCACUUAAGCUUCGCAGAUGAUGUAUUAAUAUUCUUUGAUGGUACAUCGGAUUUGCUGGAAGGUAUCCUCUCGAUUUUGGAUGAGUUCAGGUCUGUCUCUGGUCUGGGAAUUAGCAGACAGAAAUCAGUGGUGUUUAUUGAUGGUGGGAGCCUCCAGCGUUGUAAGGAUUUGGCUGAUCCAGUUGGUUUGCAAUACGGCUCCUUACCUGUCUGUUACUUAGGAGUUCCUCUAUCAACCCAAAAACUGAAGAAACAGGAUUACCAGCCUCUUCUCGACAGGAUCAGGAAUUGUGUUUGCUGGAUCUUGAGCGUUUAUGCAGCGGAUUCUUAUGGAAGUGAUGAGGGCAUAGAACCACAAGCUCCACCUAUACCAGCCAUGAGACAAGGACCAAGAACAAGAUCCGGAACUAGAGUCUUGAGAGAAGAGUUUAAUCAAGCUAUUGAAGCCUUACUUAGCAUCCACGAGCAAGAAGACUCUUUGUACCCAAGCUUUAAGGUCACGGUCCAAGAAAGAAGCCUGGAAGAGCCUAAUAAAGGAGAAGCCUAUCUCAUACAAGACGGCCCAACAGCUGAAUUACCACUUCUCCGACCCAACAAAGAAGUGUCCUUAUUCAGCAUCAGCAUCACGCCAACUUAA